AUGUCUGCAAAGUCGCGCUGGGCAGACGACGACCCAGAAACCGAGGCCAUUGUCGCGCAACGCAAGCGCGAAAAGGAAGAAAAGAAACGCGCCAAAGCCGAGAAGCAGCGCCAGCUCGAAGCCAGCAAAGCUCAACCGACGGCCCAUUCUGCCGAUGGCGCCCAGGGACCCAAUGGGGAAUCAGGACCCCCGAAAAAGCGCCGCAGACUCUCAAAUGACCCCGAGGCUCCUGGUGCUGGUGAUAUCCCACAGAACGACGCGCAAAAGGGGGAGAAGAAGCGGUCGAGCUUGCUGCGGUUCCCUGUGCGCGAAUGGGGAAAUUGCAGGCAUGUGGACAACUUCGAGAGAUUGAAUCAUAUUGAGGAAGGCUCGUACGGAUGGGUUUCUCGGGCCAAGGAUAUCACAACGGGCGAGGUGGUCGCGCUGAAGAAAUUGAAGAUCGAGAAUUCGCCGGACGGGUUCCCGGUCACUGGUCUGCGGGAGAUUCAAACCCUCCUGGAGGCUCGGCAUCCAAACGUUGUUUAUCUACGAGAAGUGGUCAUGGGGAACAAGAUGGACGAGUGGGUUCCCUCGACCGGUGCAUUGCAUUGGAUGAAUCGGCAGCUAACCAGAUCUCUGAACAGUGUCUACCUAGUAAUGGAUUUCCUCGAGCACGACCUUAAAACACUCCUUGACGAUAUGCGCGAGCCAUUCCUUCCCUCGGAGAUCAAAACACUUCUUUUACAGGUCGUGGGCGGCCUUGAGUUCCUCCACUCGCAAUGGAUCAUGCACCGCGAUCUCAAGACAUCAAAUCUCCUCAUGAACAAUCGCGGCGAGAUCAAGCUCGCUGAUUUCGGCAUGGCUCGGUACUACGGAGACCCACCGCCCAAGCUGACCCAACUCGUCGUGACACUAUGGUAUCGGUCACCGGAGCUACUGCUAGGUGCCGACAAGUACGGUCCGGAGAUUGACAUGUGGAGCAUCGGGUGUAUCUUUGGUGAACUUCUUACCAAGGAACCUCUGCUACAAGGCAAGAAUGAAGUUGACCAGGUGUCCAAGAUUUUUGCCUUGACGGGUCCUCCGAAUCAGCAGAUCUGGCCGGGCUUCCGCUCUCUGCCAAAUGCCAAAUCACUAAAGAUACCUUCUACCUCAAAUUCGCCGGCUGGGAACCCUCCCAUGUUGCCUCGUUCCAGAUUCCCGUACUUGACUAAUGCAGGGUUGAGCCUAUUGUCCAGUUUAUUGGCCUUGAACCCCGCCAUGCGCCCGACCGCACAACAGUGUCUGACACAUGCCUAUUUCAAGGAAGAUCCACGCCCGAAGCCCAAAGAGAUGUUCCCGACCUACCCUUCUAAAGCAGGACUGGAGAAACGGAGACGCAACUACACACCCGAAGCUCCAAAACGGGGCCAGGAAGCACCCGAGCUGGACUUUGCGAGUGUGUUUGGAGGAGCCCCGGGAGGAGACUCCGGGGAGACGGGUGCUGGCUUCGCACUGCGUCUGGGAUAG